UGCUUAGCAUUGUCUCUCUUGCUCAAAGACAAAGUCUCUUUCCCAGGAAGUCAAGUCUACAGGGCAUCCCUUGGUUCUUACUUCUCUUUACAACAAGCCCAAGUCAACCCUCUCUGCAUUGUUGCCCCUCAGACUACAGAAGAUGUCUCGACAGCUGUGCGCGCACUCACUACCCCGGCUCCAACAUGUCAAUUUGCAGUCCGUUCCGGUGGGCACUCGAGCUUUUCCGGAGCAUCCAAUAUCCAAGGCGGAAUUACCAUCGAUCUAAGAGCUCUCGAUCGUAUUGAACUGAGUCAAGAUCGCUCUAUAGUUUCGCUAGGCGUUGGAGCUAGCUGGGGUAGUGUUUACUCCUACCUCGACGGUCUCAAUCUCAGUGUUACUGGAGGUCGUUCUUUUGGUGUUGGGGUAGGCGGCGUUUCCAUCGGCGGUGGAAUCUCUUACUUCGCACCUCGCUACGGCUGGGCAUGCGAUAUGAUUAUCAAUUAUGUCGUCGUCCUCGCCGACGGAUCCAUUGUCAAUGCCAAUCAAGAUGAAAAUCCAGACUUGCUAUGGGCUUUGCGCGGAGGGACAAAUAACUUCGGCAUCGUUACUCGUGUCGAUAUGCAAGCCUUCGAGCAAGGUGGUAUUUGGGGAGGCGUGGUCUACCAUCCGAUUUCCACUGUCGAUGAAGAGAUUGCUGCGCUGUCUGAGUUCAAUACACCUGAUACGUACGACGACUAUUCAUCCUUGAUCAGCAGCUUUGCAUACUCUGGCGCUAAUGGAAUAUCUCUCAUCAUCAACAGCAUGGAAAAUACUAAAGGAGUUGUGAAGCCGCCAGCCUUUCAGCCGUUCGCAAACAUUCAUUCGUUGGGAAGUACCAUGCGCAUGACCAACAUGACAUAUCUCUCGAUGGAGACAGAAGCGAUGCAAGUAAAUGGACUAAGGUACGCUUCUGCCACGCUCACUAUCGAGUCAACAAUUGAAGCUAUCAAUGCCACUGUGUGUGCCUGGAACGCUAGCGUGCCUUUCAUCCAAGAUAUUCCUGGAAUCGUGUGGACCGUAGUCUUGGAGCCACUUCCACCUGCUAUUUACGCUCGACACGCUGAAGGCAACGCACUCGGAUUGACUGGGCGACAAGGCAAGCCUUUGAUGGUGAUGAUGUUAAGCAUGACGUGGUCAAAUGCAGAAGAUGAUGAUAGAAUUGGAACGGAAGCAAAAACAUUGAUGAAGGAGAUUGAGGGGGAAGUGAGCCGGCUCGGCAAGCUGGAUCCAUUUGUCUAUCUCAAUUAUGCGGCAUCGUGGCAAAAGCCUAUUACCAGCUAUGGAGAGGUAAAUGUCGACAGAUUGCUUCGGGUCAGGAAUGAAUACGAUCCGCGGCGAGUCUUUACGAAAUAUGUUCCUGGUGGUUUCAAAAUCCAGAAAUAA